AUGCAGAAAACAGACGGUAUUAGAAUUCCAGGUGUUAUUCUGGACGAGCUAAAAACUCUCGACUACAGUCAGGAUGAAAGGUUUUCUAUUGCAGAAGGUAAAAAGAGGAAAAGAGGGAAUGGUAAACAUAUGAGUCGUAAAGAAAAGAGAAAAAUGGAGAGGGCUGAAAAAAAACGGAAGAGUAUACCAAACAGGGAAGGGGCUCUGACCGGGUUGAAACCAACAUCAACCUUUGAGAAAAGAAGGUUGAAUGCAGGUAACAUAGAUGUUGUCAAACAAGUUAAUGGUAGACGUUCAGUUUCCUCUGACGAAUCAGAAACAAACGAAAACUCGGAUAGUGACGACCAGUUUAGUAAUGAAGGAUUAGACGAAGGACUUAAAAUAGAUGGUGAUAAAGCAAUGUCUGUCGAAGAAACGAUGAAGGAACUGAAAAUAUUGAAACUGAAAAAAAAAAGUGGAAAAACAGCUGAAAAGACACGAAAACUUGAGGGGAAAGCAGGUAUAAAAAAGAAUGUCCAAAGUGAAGACAUAGGUGAGGAUAAUGUACAUUACCCACUGGCCCCUUCGGACAGAGUAGCGCUCGAAAGAGACGAAAUGAAUAUGCAAUAUUAUGCAAAAAAAUUAGGUCUGAAGGGAGAGAGGAGAACCAUACGUGCAAAAGACGAAUUUGAUGCAAUUGGUGGACUUCUAGAAGGCUUAGACUAUUUUGAGAAUUACGGUAAAAACGACGAAGAAUAUGGAGAUUUUGCCGCAGAAUCCAAUCGAAUGAAAGAUGAUGAAGACGUAAGUGAUAUGGCCUUUUCUUCUGAUGGUGAUUUCUCCGCAUCGAAUUUCGAAGACUCCGGUGAACUGGGUGAGUCUGACAAUGACAGCAUUAUGAAUUCAGAGGAUAAUGAAACAAAAGGAAAGGAAAAUCCGUAUGUUGCUCCAGCGCAGCCUGAGAGUUAUGUUCCACCAUCCCUGAGAAAGAAAUUAGAUGAUGAUGAGAAUAAUGCUACUUUAUCUGAAAUUAGGAAAAGGGUUAAUUCUUCAUUAAACAAGCUUUCAGACACAAACAUUAACAUCAUUAUUACUGAGUUGAAUGGCUUGUAUGAUUCGCUUCCUAGGCAGUACGUUACAGAAUCGCUAAGUAAAGGUAUACUGAACAUCAUAUGCCAAAACCAGAAGUUGUUAGAUGGAUUCAUAAUGAACUAUGCUGGGGUUGUAUACGCCUUAUGGAAACUAAGGGGUAUUGAGAUGGGUGCUUUUUUUAUUCAGAAAACGGUAGAAACAUUUUUGCAACAUUAUGAAGAAGAAAAGGAAAGCAUAUUGAAAAAUCAGCAGGACAAAUUCGUCUCUAAAAUAUGCAGCAACAUUGUGACCCUAUUAUCGUAUUGUUACAACUUUGGAUUUGUUUCAUGUUGCUUAAUUUACGACAUUAUUCGUAUAUUCGUAGCAGAUCCUAACGAAUUUGCUACAGAAUUACUUUUAAGAGUUAUCUCCGUUUCAGGGCAACUAAUCCGUGGUGAUGAUCCCUCUGCUUUGCGAGAUAUACGGUCAGAUCUGCUGAAGAAUGCUAAGGAUUUACAAGAGCAGAGUCCAAGAUUAAGAUUUUUAAUGGAUACCAUGUCUGAUCUGAAAAACAACAGGUUGAAACCUUCAAUUUUAGCGACUGACCAUCAUUUACUGAAAAAAAGUUUGCAGAGUACUUUAAAGGCAUCUACUUCUCAGGAAGCUUUGCAGGUAUCUCUCGAUGACAUCAAAAAUAUUGACACCAAAGGAAAAUGGUGGUUGAUUGGUGCUUCUUGGCGAGGUAACAUGGAAAAUGCUUUCGAAACUCCAAAUGAUAAUGAUAAUACUAGUAAAUCUAAGAAAUCUAAAAUUAUAAUUGAGGAUGAUCUUCUUGACGAUAUUCCAGACUGGAACGUCAUUGCCAGGCAACAGCGUAUGAAUACUGAUAUUCGUAGGGCAAUAUUUAUAAGUAUUAUGUCGGCACAAGACUACUUAGAUGCGUUUAGCAAGCUGGAAAAGUUAAGCCUAAAAAAUAAGCAAGUUCUUGAAAUUCCAAAAAUUAUAUUACACUGUCUUUUGUCUGAUAGUGGAUCUAACGGUUAUAAUCACUAUUAUGCGUUAGUAGCGAAUAAAAUCUGUGAAAGGUACAGUCAUUUACCAAAAUCUUUUCAAUUCCUAUUUUGGGACGCAAUAAAAAACUUUGAAGACAAAGAAGUUGACUCUCAAAGCGAUGCUGAUGAGGAAGAUGAGUUAGAUGAUAAUAAAAAACUGAUCAGCAUCUCUAAUCAAGGAAGAUUUUUUGGGUCAUUACUCGCUGAUGAUAUUUUGAAAUUAGAUGCUUUUAAGCAUGUUCCAUUCAUGGGUGGGCUAAAUACGGAGGGAAUGUUAUUUAUGGAGAUUCUACUGUUUCAGUUAUUUUUGGCUGUUGCUAAAAAAAGUGAAACAAAACAAAAAAAAAAUGAAAAUGGAACUAGACGUAUUGUCUAUUCAGAUGACCUUUUGCGUACUGUUUUAACAAAAAAUGUCAAGGCAGAGAAUAUGCCUUUUAUUCUUAAAGGCUUGAAAUGGUUCAUCAACAAGAAAUUUAAAUACCGUAAUUUUCUUCCAGGCAAUAAAGGUGAUAAGGCCUUUGACAGAGAUGAAAGAAGAUUAGUUUGGGCUUCAGAAGCAGCGAGGUCGAUUUUAGAUAAGGAGUUGGAAAGUAUAGAUUUGUAG